AUCAGAGGUUUCAAUUAGCGUCUCUCCUUCACACCUGGUAGACCUACGCAUGAAGUGCUGCCGGUUGCAAGCACCAAAACACUGAGAUUGUUACUCUUUUUUUCUCCGUAGUCCAUCAACAAACUGUUAAAUGGAGUCAUUAUCAAAAGUGGAUGAGCCGUUUCCUACACCUCCACCGUACUUCUUACCAGAUGAAAGGCAAACAGGACAAGAUGUGACGAUCUACCAUAUUCACACACCUUUCAGCCCUUCACCAGCACCGCCUUCUUUUUCCUUUUCUCCUACAGUUGGCUGCUCCACCCAAAUUAACACACCUCUACCAGCGUCUGCUCUCCCUCCGUCUACUCCCAAGCUGAAGUUUGUGAGCUAUGAAACAGAGCUGUAUCGCUCUCCGGCUCUGACAACAUGCCCGUCUUGUCAGACUCAGGUCACCACACAGGUCACAUACCGAGUGGGGACUCAUGCGUGGCUCAUGUGUCUUGUGUUUGUGUUAUGCGGGUUGCUGCUUGGAUGCUGCCUGAUUCCAUUAUUUGUUAAGUAUUUCAAGGAUGCCUAUCACACAUGUCCUCGCUGUCGACGGGUCCUCCACAUACACAGGAAGACAUGUUGUGAAUGAACACACACACAAGCUUAACCACCAACAGGUUUAUCAUGUUUCUUUUCACGAUAGCAGAAGUUCAAACUGACUUUUGUAGUAAAAUGUAUGCAUACCUGUCAGUGUUGGUCAGGAUAAUUUAAAAUGUAUAUGUGUGAAUAGUUUUUACUCAUAUUUUAAUUGUGUUUUGUAAAAAUGAAAUAAAUGUUUUCUGUGGCAGUCUUUA